AUGAAGUGCACCGCGGUCCUUUGUCGCGUGGCAUCGGCCGUCGCCGCCGCCGUCCCGAAGAACUACAGCAACACCCCGUACACGAAGGAGGAUGAGGCAUCCGCGCCACGUAAAAUGACGAACAUCACGCCGAAGCUGGCAGACGCGAGCAAUCAAAGCGCGCGCUACUGCGGCGGUCGGUGCGGCAACUUCCUCAACGGCGCCCCCGUGCCACCACCGGUGCCGGCCUUUCGCGCCGCUGCCGCCAGCGGCUCCACGUUCAUUGACCCCAGCUCCUCGGCGGUUGCCACCAGCUUCAACACCAACUGCCACAUAAAAUCCUUCCGCCAGCGCGUCUGCACCGCCACGGAUGUGUCAAUGCGGCCGCUGCUGUUGCUACUCGAUGAUUCACGGGCACUGAACGCUGCAGCCGCCAACGCCAGCAUUGUCAGCCCUGCAGCGGCAACCAUGAAGAGUGGAAGGUCCAAGUACGGUGAAGUGCUGGAGCAGCUGUCGUGUCGCUGGGCGGCGAAGUUCUACGGCAAGGUCACGUAUGGCCCGCGCAACUAUCCGUACCCGUCGUCGCGUUGGCUGGCUCGCCGUUUCCAGAUGAAGAAGCAUCGCAUUCUCAAGCGCUUCCGCUUCCGCCGCUACAAGCUCGCAGCCGUGGCGAAUCUUCCCUUUGCCAAGAUGAUUCGUGUAGGCAUGCUGCCUGAGCUGAAGAGCAGCAAGACAAAGAAAGGCGACACCGUGGACAUGGGCCUGUCCUCGCAGCUUGUCAAGGCGGCGCGGUCGUCGGCUGGCGCGACCAAGACGAAGGGAAAGCGCACGCGCCCGAAGUCGAAGUACCAGGUGUAA